CUGUCAGUAGGGUGUCGCCGUGCUGACUCCUAUUGCAGAGACGGCGGCGGUCGUCUGACUCUAAGUUCCUAAUCUCUCCGGGAAAAAAAGCUCACCAACUUUGCAAAAGCGGGUACAUACUCAGAGUUUUCAAUGGCUAAGAAGACGUACGACUUGCUAUUCAAGCUGCUUCUCAUCGGAGAUUCAGGCGUGGGGAAGACCUGCGUGCUGUUCCGCUUCUCUGACGACGCCUUCAACACAACCUUUAUCUCCACCAUAGGAAUAGACUUCAAGAUCAAAACUGUAGAACUACAAGGAAAGAAGAUCAAACUACAGAUCUGGGACACAGCGGGCCAGGAACGGUUCCACACCAUUACCACCUCCUACUACAGAGGAGCCAUGGGCAUCAUGCUGGUCUAUGACAUCACCAACGCCAAGAGCUUCGAGAACAUCAGCAAAUGGCUGCGCAACAUUGAUGAGCAUGCAAAUGAGGAUGUUGAGAGAAUGCUACUAGGCAACAAGUGCGACAUGGAGGACAAGAGGGUUGUACCAAAAGCCAAGGGAGAGCAGAUUGCGAGGGAGCACGGCAUCAGGUUUUUUGAAACCAGCGCCAAGGCCAACAUCAACAUUGAGAAGGCCUUCCUCACGUUAGCAGAAGACAUCCUCAGAAAGACGCCUGUAAAGGAGCCUAACAGUGAAAAUGUGGACAUCAGCAGCGGGAGCGGAGUGACGGGCUGGAAGAGCAAGUGCUGCAGUUGAACGACUCAUACCGACACACGCACACACACGUACACGCACGUGCACGCACGACAAUUCUCUCUCUUUCUCUAACAUCUUAACUCUUUUACCCUCUAACCCCUCUCAUGACUUUUCUUGCACACUUGACACUCUUAUCAGAAUAAAACAAUAAACCACUUCA